CACAGUUCGAGAGGAGAGAGCAAUCAUCCAAAAAUCGAUCUGGAACGAGCAGAGGUCUGUGAACUCGAGCUGUGAGAGUGCUGAGACUGUUUGGUCGAUAUCUCGAGUUUUACAAAUCCAAUUAAGGCGUGUGAGAUACCCACAGAAAGCUCUCAAGACGAGGAAUCCGUGAAGGUCUGGUUUGCAGGAAUCGGAGUUGUGGAAGACUUCCAAAUCGUCCGAGAAAAACGCAACCUCGCAGGAGAGGAUCUAAUCCUCUAAAGAAUCGAGUUAGCCGGAAAACACCCGUUCUAGGGGCUGUUUUCGUAUCAACGAUUAAGGGUUGAACUAGCACUUGAGGAGGCUGUUUAACACUCAUAUUUGAGCAAGGAAUCAGUUCCAAAUCCACCUUGACCAAAGCUUUGACCAUUGGACCAAGAAGGGAAAGUUUAAAGCUCAAUUGAGGUUGAGGCUAGAGCUUGCAUCCUGUGCUCGUUGAUCGAGUGAUUCCUCGGAGAGAAGACUUGAAAUGGACCGUGGUGGCAGGAUUACUAGGAGAAACCCGACUGGCCGUGUACCAGUGGAGACUGGACAGGGCAGUCGAAGGACCUCUAGGGCAUCUAGAGGAGCUGGCCGUGGAGGCCGAUCACAGACCGUGAGUGACGGUCAUGUCGACACGGAAAGUGAGACCUACUGGUCCUAUGAGGACUCGACUUACCAACCGGAGACAGAGCCGGUUGACACCCCUUAUGAAGGGGAUGAUGACGAUGUAAGUGAUGAGGAGGGAAAUGGCUCCUUAGCACGGAUCGAAGCACUACUCCAACAAUACCACCGGGAGCGUGAAGAGAGGAGGCAACGCCGAAGACGCCGAGUGGGGCAACCUUCGGGCAUGGCUUCAAGAGGAGGGAGUCAUGGUGCAUCUAGAGUCCAUGUGGAACCACAUGGAGGCCAAAGUGAUGGAGGUCCAACCAUAAGGAUCUCCAAAUUUAUCAAAGAAGCAAGAGAUUUGGGGUGCAAACCCUUUGAUGGAGCAGGGGACAUUUCAGUCGCAGCACAAUGGAUCAAGAGGCUAAAUGAAGCAGCCCUUGACAUGCAAAUCGCGCCGAAUCUCAAACUGAGAAUUGCGGUAAGAUUGCUCGAGGGGAUGGCAUCCAAGUGGUGGGAUGGAACCAAGAGCAAGUACGGUGAGACCGUCGUUUGGGAGGACUUCCAACGGGAGUUCUUUGCCCAAUAUUAUUCUGAUUUUGAAGUGAACAAGAAGGUGAGGGAAUACACCCUCCUAACCCAAGGGGGUAACAUGACAGUGAAGGAACUUGAGUACAAGUUCCGGGAUCUCGCCGACUACAUACCGGAGUAUGCUUGUGACGAGAACCGAAUGGUAAACCACUUUUGGGAUGCUCUGGACUUGGAGAUACGUGAUAGGGCAACACAAUUGCCUAAUAUGACCUUCGCCCAAGUGGUUGACCAAGCGUUGAAGGGGGAGAAACAGUGGGAGGAGAGGAAGAAGAGAGACGCCGAGGAGGCGAAAAAGAGAAAAUGGGAGAGUCAUGGCUCCCAAGGUUCCAACAAAAAGGGGAACCAUGGAGGAGGAUCUUUCCGGGCACCGCCGCCACCGUCUAGGGGGAACCAAGGCCCGAGUGGGCAAGGCGCGAGGUCACAAACCUCAGUGGUAGCUCGUUGCAACAAUUGCAAGAAGAACCACUCCGGUAAAUGUCGCGACCCCCCUAGAUGUUUUCAAUGCGGGGAUGCCGGGCAUUUGAAGGCACAUUGUCCACAAUUGAGUGGGGCAAGGACAUCGGGACCGAGCAGUGGCCCGACGGGUACACGGAAUCAAACCGGAGCUUCUCAAGCGAGCCGGGGACAUGGGGGAGCGAGUGCGAGCAACGCGCCAUCCGUGAAUCAAGGAAGAACUCAAGCUAGAGUUUAUGCGAUGACGGAGGCGGAUGCUCGAGCUAACCCGGACUCGGUUGCAGGUUGAGGCUAGAGCUUGCAUCCUGUGCUCGUUGAUCGAGUGAUUCCUCGGAGAGAAGACUUGGUUCGUGCUUCCUCCAUUCUAUUUGAAACAUUAAUAAAUUUGCUCAUGGAUAUUUUAUUAUAGAGCCUGCGUGCUCGUGAAUAGCCCGGUGUGGCUCUUUCGUUUUAAACAAUGUUUUCCGCUGCUUUAUGAAUUACUUAUUAUGUUGUU